GCAAGCCUUACCAUCGAGUCUUGCAUUCAAUUCAAUAAGGCUACGGUCAAAAUCUCUUCUGCCACCCCUCCCUGAGGGGGCUCAAUCCGAGAGAGAUCUUAGCGAAUAUCUUCUGCUUAUAUGAUGUUAUGAUUUAUUUAUUAUAAUAUAUAAUAUAUAAAUAAUUUCUUCCCUCGGGCCUCGUCGGCUUUUCUAUUCAUUAUGUUGAUCCUCACGGAUUUGCCCCCGGAGAUUCUCCGCCGGGUCAUCGAGGAGUCCAUGCCCGAGGGCUUCGAGAAGUUCAUGCUAACCUGCCGCUACGUCUACGAAUGCGGCAGGUCCCUAAUCGAUAAACACGCCACGUAUAUCCGGGAAAACCGCUACCUCAACUUCGAGGGCAUUGCGGAUUACGUCCCCAUCGUCACUUGGAUGUAUAGCGUCGUGAAUGACCCCGUGGUCGCGAGAUAUGUCUGGCACGUCGAUUUUUGCCAGCGCCGGAGGGGCCCGGACGCGAUCUACCCGCGCAAGCGGCUGAACGGAGAUCCCGUGGCUAUGAGCCGCCUGAGGGAGUUUAUCGUGGAAUCGCCGUACUUGCGCCGGGCUGGCGUAGACCGCGAAGAGUGGGCGAGGGUUAUCCUAUCUAAAGUCGAGACCCUCGACACCGAGGAGCGCGAUAAAUAUUUCGUAUUUAUGGGUCCGUUUCUAUUCACGCUUUUCCCGAACCUCAAAUCCUUCAUGUUUUCGCCGCCCCUCAGCGUUCGACAUGCUAUGGAAUUCCCGGCUACCUCCACCCGGCACCUGGAUUACUAUCCGCAAGCGCAACGCGUGAUGGAGACAAUCACUCGGAUGAUAGAAGAGAAUGCCGAUGGGGCCUCCCUCGGGCAGUUGGCCCAGGUGUGGAUCCGGGACCUCGAAAACAACAACGAAAAGAUGGACUUGCGCGCCUUGCUAUCUUUUUUCACAGCACCAGAUCCUAAAGCCCUGUAUCUUACUAAUUGUGAGGAUUAUGGCAUCGGCCCCAUUUUCUUAGGAUACCACCGCAACUCCUUAGAUAUGAGCUUGGGCUUGCGCAAACUUGUAUUAGAACACAGUUACGUGGAUAGCGAGGCUAUAUCGUUCCUGCUAUCCCGUACUCCUUACUUGGAGUCGUUCAGGUUUAGUUACGUGUCGAAGAAUAAUAGUAGACCUGCGUUGGAUCGCUGGGAUGUGGCCGCUUUUAUCGCUGGUAUAGGGAAAAACGUGGGCCAGCACCUGGAGGAGCUUAUUGUAACCCUGGAGUACCUUGACGGUCACGUAACCAACGGGGUCACCUCCAUGAAAGAGUUCGUAACUCUCAAGCGGCUUGACCUUGACGUCCGGGCGUUCCACACCCCCGCCAUCCAGACGUGGGCGAAAAAGGUGUUACCAGGCGAGGAUGUGAUGCGAGAAAUUCCGCUGGAGGCGUUCGAGGCCAUCCCGCGGCUUGUUAAGAUCCUACCGCCUUCGCUAGAAGAAGUAAACCUCUUUGCGGACAACGAUAAGUAUAGGUACAACCCGGAGAUCGUGAAGAGGCUGUUAGAUGACUUCGCAGUCGACCGGUGGACCUUCCUGCCCAACCUGGAGAUCUUCGGGCUAUGGUGUAAGUUCUCGGGGUUGAAGAGACAGGACAAAAUCGACCUGUGGCACUACGCCCGAUCGAAGCGCAUCACCUGCAACUUUAAUUUCAAUGAUGAAUCGGCCUGGAAGUCCUUCCUCGCAAGCCGCUGUACCACCCACCAUUACCUCUCGCCCUCCCCUUUCCCCACAAUCGACGUUUUUGCAAACUUAACAGACUGAUCUCGACAGGGUGUUUUGGACGUACACGAAGCCUCGUUUUUACGAAUUAUGUAAAUAUUAAUUGUUUAAUUUUUAAAUCUUAUUUUUGCCAUAUCAUACCAUGUAUUCAUUAUCUACCUCUACAUACAACUUUGUCUUAUUCAAAGUCCGCCGGCAAAUAUCAGGUUAUCUUUACAGUAGUUAAUCGCAUUAAUAGCUUGUUUUACUCUGCAAUUAAUACGAGCAUCAACGUUCACAAAUGAUAUAGCG